UAGAAAAGGGGUGGGACGAGGGAGCUCUGCGUACACUGCGUUUUUACACAAUGUAGAGUUGACAUCCGAGUUCUUUGCCGACAGAGAUUCAAAAAUACAGCGAUAGCAAAUAAGAAUAACAUCGGCCGACGAAGGACAAUUCCCUACAACGUUUGAAGAGAGUCUUUUUCGAGUGUAGACUACAGUACUUAAAAAGUUUAGCAGCCAAUUUCUACGUGUGAUAAGCGAGCUGUCAUAUUAGCUGAAAUUGCGUCAUUCUUGUGAGACGUAACUAGCCACUUAGCUAGCGAGGAACUUUUCAUAGAGAGGACUACUUGGCUGAAGUCAGAACAGAACUAGUUUGCUAAUUGCUAUAGUUAUCGUGUAAAAAUAUAAGCUAAUUUACCGGUGUUAUUUUAACUAGGGAGGCAGUGAAAGCAUCACGAGGUUUGAUAACAUAGUCCACGGAUACUAGCGCUGAUAAAUAUAUAGUUAGUAUAUUGAUCCUAGUAAUUGAAGGUUAGUCCAGCUAGGUAGUUGGCUAACUUCUGAACACAUCCCACCGGUGCGGAACUUUUGACAGAGCAAGAGACGCAUCAGGAAGAAAGUCAUAAGGUCACAGUCGCUUCUCCUCGCAAUACCAAGCCGUCGUGUCUGAAAUCUUGUGAUUUUUUUGUUAAAGUUGCUGAUUUUGCUGAUCCCGCUUCAGUGUCAUAUCACAGGAAUAUAUUAUUAGUAGUAUAGUACAGUUUAGCUCUCAUCUCGUCACCGAAAGUUUAGCUAUAACGUAAAUAUCAUUCUACGCCGCAACGAUGCCUGCCCUGUGUGAUCGCAUUAUUGGCCCUUAGCAGCCAGAGGAAAGAGGUGAGGUAAAGCACACGAGAUCGGCAGAGCACUGACACACUGAGUGAUUCACGGAAUAUAUCGAUUCAGCAGGAUUACAGAGCAUCUUUGAAAGAUUAUGGAGCUAGUUGUGGCGCACCCCGCUCUCAAAGCCUUCAUGUGCGGCUCUCUCAGUGGCACUUGCUCCACCCUGCUCUUCCAGCCGCUGGACCUCGUCAAGACCCGCCUGCAGACCCUGCAGAACAACAUGCACCCGGGCUCGCCAAAGGUGGGGAUGAUGGCAGUGUUUCUCAAUGUUGUGCGGACAGAGAAGCUGCUGGGUCUGUGGAAGGGAGUCUCGCCGUCUUUUAUGCGCUGCAUCCCCGGGGUCGGCAUCUACUUCAGCACCUUCUACUCCCUGAAGCAGCACUUCUUCCAGGAACGCGCCCCCAACGCCGUGGAGGCGGUGCUGCUGGGAGCCGGGGCCCGGACGGUGGCGGGGGUCUGCAUGCUGCCCGUCACUGUCAUCAAAACGCGCUUCGAGAGCGGCAGGUACAACUACGUGACGGUGCUGGGGGCGCUGCGCACUGUGUACGUGACGGAGGGGCCCAGGGCGCUGUUCUCGGGGCUGACCGCCACGCUGCUCAGAGACGCCCCCUUCUCUGGCAUCUACGUCAUGUUCUACAGCCAGACCAAGAGGUCCCUGCCACAGGAAAUCACCUCCUCCGCCUACACCCCCCUGGUGAAUUUCAGCUGUGGUGUGCUGGCAGGAGUGCUGGCUUCCCUUGUCACUCAGCCUGCCGAUGUCGUUAAAACACACGUCCAAGUCAGCCCGCAACUGUACAAGAGGACUGGCGACGCUGUGCGCUUUAUUUACACGGAGCAAGGGUUGAAGGGGUUCUUCCGGGGGGCGGUGCCCCGGUCCCUGCGCAGGACCUUGAUGGCAGCCAUGGCCUGGACAGUGUACGAGCAGCUAAUGGCCCGGAUGGGGCUGAAGUCAUGAAGAAGAGAAGAGUGGAUGGAGGGAGGGAGAGGGGGGAACGGUACAUAUGUAGAGGGUUUGUGAGGACGUGUAUGAGGAAGAGGAGAAAGUGUGUGUGGUCAGGGUAGGGAGGGUAAAAAGGACAUGUUUUGUACAAAAGAGAAUUUGAGGGAGUGCUGUGGAGGGGAGCUGAGAAAUGACUAU